CAUAUCUCUACUUAAUCAUCCUGCAACACUUAAAAGCAUAAAAUAAAAAGAGGGAAGAAAAAAACUUAUAGGCCUAUGACUUAGAGAAAGCAUCAUUCCAUUUCUAGUAACCUCUUCUUCCUCUUCUUCUGCUUCUUCCUCUCCAUCUUCUUCUUCUUGUUUCUGCGAAAUAUAAUAAUUAUACUUCACAUCAAUGCCUGCAACAUGUUGCUUUUCUCCUGCUUCCAUCUCCAUCCAAAAAUCUGGGCCGGUUUUAAAGCCUUUCAGCAGAGUUUUGAGGUUUAAAAACAGUCAACUAACAGUCAAGAUCAAAAGCUGUACCCUCCAGAUCAGAUCCUCCUUGAGAGAAGAGGUUUUUGAGGAUCGGGCCAAUGGAAUAAUAUGCUACAAGGAUGAUAGAGGAGAGAUAAUUUGUGAAGGGUUUGAUGAGGGUCCUAGGUAUCACCAACAUAAUCCAAGAACACCUUGGCAACCCAGAGACGCAGAGAUCUUUGAUCGUCUUCAACAAAGGUGGAUUAAUUUUAUAACAGACACAGAAUUGUGCCGUGGCGAUGAAGGCAGUGUAUUUCUGCAAGAGGACAUAAAGAACUGCAAUGGCUCCAACACUUUCCGCUAGUCAGAUGCCAAGUGUCCCCAACAACUCUAUUGUCAACCAUAUAAACAAUUUCACCAAAACUAUAUAUGCCCCAUUUAUAAUGUGUAACAUAUAAAUGCAGUGCCUUUGAAGCACAUCCUUUUUUUUUCCCAGCAUGUACACAAGGUCCAAUUUCAAAUCUUUUUUUUGCA